GCAGUUCGGUGGCCGAGCUGAUGCAGCCGCGCGGCGAGCGCCCGGCCGGCAGGACGCAGAGCCCGGAGCACGGCAGCCCGGGGCCCGGGCCCGAGGCGCCGCCGCCACAGCCGCAGCCGCCGGCCCCAGAGGCAGAGCGAGCGCGGCCCAGGCAGGCCCGGCCCGCAGCCCCCAUGGAAGGUGCCAUGCAGCUACUGAGCCGCGAGGGCCAUAGUGUGGCCCACAACUCCAAGCGGCACUACCAUGAUGCCUUCGUAGCCAUGAGCCGAAUGCGGCAGCGUGGCCUCCUGUGUGACAUCGUCCUGCAUGUGGCCGCCAAGGAGAUCCGUGCACACAAGGUGGUGCUGGCCUCCUGUAGCCCCUACUUCCACGCCAUGUUCACAAAUGAGAUGAGUGAGAGCCGCCAGACUCAUGUGACACUGCAUGACAUUGACCCUCAGGCCUUGGACCAACUGGUGCAGUUUGCAUACACGGCUGAGAUUGUAGUAGGCGAGGGCAACGUACAGACGCUGCUCCCAGCUGCCAGCCUGCUGCAGCUGAAUGGCGUCCGGGAUGCCUGCUGCAAGUUCCUGCUGAGUCAGCUGGACCCCUCCAACUGCCUGGGCAUCCGGGGCUUUGCCGAUACGCACUCGUGCAGUGACCUGCUCAAGGCAGCACACAGGUAUGUGCUGCAGCACUUUGUGGACGUGGCCAAGACCGAGGAGUUCAUGCUGUUGCCGCUGAAGCAGGUGCUGGAAUUGGUCUCUAGUGACAGCCUGAAUGUACCUUCAGAAGAAGAUGUCUACCGUGCUGUCUUGAGCUGGGUCAAACAUGACGUGGACACUCGGAGGCAGCACGUUCCAAGAGGACACCAUGGGGGCAGUGCAGGCAUCUGUCUCAAGAACCCAUCGUACAGGUGGUACAGGCAUCUGAGCCAGGGUCUCAGCCCUGGGGCAAGUGUGCCUGAGGGUCCCCUGACCCUGGCACUCCUGCCCCAGCUGAUGAAGUGUGUGCGGCUGCCCUUGCUGAGCCGCGACUUCCUGCUGGGCCACGUGGAUGCUGAGAGCCUGGUGAGGCAUCACCCUGACUGCAAGGAUCUGCUCAUUGAGGCCCUCAAGUUCCACCUGCUGCCCGAGCAGAGAGGUGUACUGGGUACCAGCCGCACACGGCCCCGGCGCUGUGAGGGUGCCGGCCCUGUGCUCUUUGCCGUGGGUGGCGGGAGUCUUUUUGCCAUCCAUGGGGACUGUGAAGCAUAUGACACUCGAACUGACCGCUGGCACGUAGUAGCUUCCAUGUCCACACGCCGGGCCCGAGUGGGAGUGGCUGCUGUAGGAAACCGGCUGUAUGCUGUGGGCGGCUAUGAUGGGACCUCAGACCUGGCUACUGUGGAAUCGUAUGACCCUGUGACCAACACAUGGCAACCUGAGGUGUCCAUGGGCACGAGGCGCAGCUGCCUGGGCGUAGCUGCCCUGCACGGGCUCCUGUACGCAGCUGGCGGCUACGAUGGGGCCUCCUGUCUCAACAGCGCUGAACGCUAUGACCCCCUGACGGGAACAUGGACAUCCAUCGCUGCCAUGAGCACCCGGAGGCGAUAUGUGCGCGUGGCCACACUCGAUGGGAACCUGUAUGCUGUGGGUGGAUAUGACAGCUCUUCACACCUGGCCACUGUGGAGAAGUAUGAGCCCCAGGUGAAUGCAUGGACCCCGGUGGCCUCCAUGCUGAGCCGGCGCAGCUCUGCAGGUGUGGCGGUGCUGGAGGGCGCCCUGUAUGUGGCCGGGGGCAAUGAUGGCACCAGCUGCCUCAACUCAGUGGAGAGAUACAGCCCCAAGGCUGGCGCCUGGGAGAGCGUGGCACCCAUGAACAUUCGCAGGAGCACACAUGACCUGGUGGCCAUGGACGGCUGGCUGUAUGCUGUGGGCGGCAAUGAUGGCAGCUCCAGCCUCAACUCCAUCGAGAAGUACAACCCAAGGACCAACAAGUGGGUAGCUGCCUCCUGCAUGUUCACACGGCGCAGCAGUGUGGGCGUGGCAGUGCUGGAGCUGCUCAACUUCCCGCCACCCUCCUCCCCCACGCUGUCUGUGUCUUCCACCAGCCUCUGACACACAGCACCGACCACAGAGAGGCCCCGCUGCCUCCCACAUGCCUUAAGCCCCUCGGGUCGACCCCAGCACCUCCCUCUCCUCAGCCAUGUGUCAGGGGCUGGACGUGGCCCCACCAGAGACGUCCUGCACUGUCUCUUCACGUCUCUGCUCACUCCUUGUUCCUCUAUGUGUGUGCUGUUUAUUUAUUUACUCACCUAUGUAUUAAUUCGUUAUUUAUUGAUGGAUGAGCACCGCUGCAGUUACCAAUUCAUAUGUUUACUCUCAAAGCGUGGGCACUUGUGUGCACAGGGGACCAAGUUGCCCUCCGAGUGUCCUCCACCCAGUUCCUUGUUCCAGGCAGUGAGGGGUGAUAGGGUGGCCACUCGCUGCAGGGAGGUCAGUGGCCCAAUGGUACUCUAUAGACUCUGGGUCAGGAGCAGCAUAAUAACCAGAGUUGGUGGAGCGGGAGCAGGGCAGGGAUUUUUAAGCAGGUGCAGACAGGUAGUCUGAACUUUGCACACUCCCUUACCUGGCCCAGCCAGGGCUGUCCCCAGGAAGGGCACGAAGCAGGCUCCCUUCCUGCAUCCUGUGUCUGCAGUCUGGUGUCUUUUCUGGAUCUCACAUGGGGCUGGGGCACAUGCACUCAGACCCUACUCAGCAAUAUGAGCCAUCUUGAACAAUAAACACGUUUUUUGGGCUCCCUGA